CCGUUGUAUUCUUUCCCCCAGUCCCACCAUCUCCCCUUAGCUGUGUCCAUGAGACCAGAGGAAGCGGACAGUCUCAGAAAGAAACGGGUGGUAUAAAACUGGAGGAACUAUGAAGUCCUUCUGACCCUAAUGUUUUGCGUUUCCCAGACCGCUCGACUCCCAGAUGCCAGCAGCCACUGCGUACCAAAAUCUCACACUACGGAACCGCCUCCCACCCAGACCGGCUGGAUGUCUAGCUCCGAGUAUUGUAAGGAAGUAGCCAUCAAGACGCUACAACCUCCGCAGGUCCUAGAAAGAACCAGAGCGCUCCAGGAACAGCCAGAGUUGAGAGGCUUCCGCGAAAGGGCGCGGACGGCUGACGUACUUCCGGCCUUUGCGGUUAGUCGGUCGUUCAGGUGCUGCUAACUCCGCAGGGAAUCUGGAGUUUCCCCGGCGCCGAAGGUGAGUCUCAGACCCCUCACCCUGAUCCGCCGGACUCCGGUGUAUCCUCCUAAAGAAGAUUAAAUCAGAUAAUCUUAAGUCAUUUGUUACCCCUUCACCCCAAGCUGGAGUAAGCCUUCCAGAUUAGUCCUAGAAUGGCUUCAAGAGAGGAAGAGGAUGGACUUAAGAUUGUGAAGGUGGAGGAGGACUCCACCUGGGACCAAGACAGAGAGAACAGCUUUUCUGGCCAAGAGGUCUCCCGCCAACUUUUUAGACAUUUUUGUUACCAAGAGACUCCUGGUCCCCGGGAAGCACUGAGCCGGCUCCGGGACCUCUGUCAUCGGUGGCUGAGGCCAGACACACAUACCAAGGAGCAGAUCCUGGAGCUACUAGUGCUGGAGCAGUUCCUGACCAUCCUGCCUGAGGAGCUCCAGGCCUGGGUGCGGGAGCAUCGCCCAGAGAGUGGGGAGGAAGCAGUGGCUGUCGUUGAAGAUCUGGAGAGGGAGCUUAGUGAGCCAGAGAACCAGGCCCCAGAUUAUGAACAUGGACAUUCAGAAAUGCUCUCAGAGGAUGUGGUGUGUCUGAAGGCCAAGCAGGAAUCAACAGCCAUCCAGCUUCACUCCAUGGUGACACAGCUCAAAUGUGAAUCAUUUGGUCCCUACAAAUUUGGAAAACAAGAUGGUGAAAUUGUAUCUGAAAGUCAGGAAUUGGCCUCAAAGCAAGAAGUCUUAAAAGAAAUGGAACAUUUUGGGAAUAGUAGACUCCAAAGAGACACUCCUCUAGAAUAUAAGUACAGAGAAACUCGUAAAUGUGAGAGCAGGGUAGAAAAGCAGGGGGGACACCCAGAUGGAGAGAGACGUCACAGGUGCAAUGAAUGUGGGAAGAGCUUUACUCAGAGUUCAGUCCUUAUUCAGCACCAGAGAAUCCACACUGGGGAGAAGCCAUAUGAAUGUGAACAAUGUGGGAAGACCUUCAGCCAGAGAUCUGGUCUGAUUGAACAUCAGCGGAGCCACACUGGAGAGAAACCCUAUCAAUGUAAGGAGUGUGGGAAAGCCUUCAGUGCCAGCAAUGGCCUCAUUAGACACACAAGAAUCCACACAGGGGAAAAACCAUAUGAAUGUGAAGAGUGUGGGAAAACCUUCCGCCUGAGCUCAUACCUUGUUCAGCAUUCUCGAAUACAUACUGGAGAGAAGCACUAUCGGUGUAACGAGUGUGGUAAAGCCUUCAGUCAAAAUGCGGGGCUUUUCCAGCAUCUGCGAAUCCACACCGGUGAGAAACCCUAUCAGUGCAGUCAGUGCAGUAAAAGCUUUAGUAGGCGAACGCUCCUUAUAAAACAUGAGAGAAGCCACACUGGAGAGAGACCGUAUGAGUGUGAUGAGUGUGGGAAAGCCUUCAGUCAUCACUCCAACCUCAUUAGGCAUUUUAGAAUCCAUACUGUUGCCAAACUGGACUAAUUCCAUGGACACCCUUCCCCCCACCCCAUGACCCUAAAUGGGGCCAUCUUGGAAAGUAAGAUUUUCAAAUGGCUUAUUUUGUUCUUAUCAAACAUAUUUUGCCUUGGAAUGAGUAGCAUGUCUGCACAUGGGUGUCUCCUGGGUGGAUGACUGUGGGUGUAAGUAGUUGCCAGGAAGCUUUCUUCUUCCUAUCCCUUGGUUCAUCUCUAGUUAUUUCCCUUAAAGGACCCAGAUUUUACCUGGAAAUAAAUUGGUACAGAGGGUCAGUUCUUGAGUAGUACUGAAUAUUGAACAACUCUAAAAGACUAACAUCUGUGUAUACUUUAAGAUUGGAUAAGUUGGUGAGGUUUUGUUUUGUUUUCCAUAAAAGUUGCAUUUUAAACACACUUAAGGCUUAGGAGAAUAAAAAUCAUUCCCAUUCU